CCUGAAAGGAUAGAUCCCAGCGCAUCCAGGCAAGGCUACGACGUCCGCUCAGAUGUCUGGAGCUUGGGAAUUACAUUGUAUGAGCUGGCGACUGGGCGAUUCCCCUACCCCAAGUGGAACAGUGUGUUUGACCAGUUGACACAAGUGGUAAAAGGAGACCCACCGCAGCUGAGUAACUCAGAGGAAAGGGAGUUCUCCCCAAGUUUCAUCAACUUCGUCAACUUGUGCCUUACAAAGGACGAGUCCAAAAGGCCAAAGUAUAAAGAGCUUCUGAAACAUCCCUUCAUCCUGAUGUAUGAGGAACGCACAGUGGAUGUUGCAUGCUAUGUUUGUAAAAUCCUGGAUCAAAUGCCAGCAACUCCCAGCUCUCCCAUGUACGUCGAUUGAUAUUGCUGCUACAUCAAACUCUAGAAAAAGGGCUGAGAGAAAACAAGCUGUAAAGAAUUUUCAUCACAUGUUGCAGUGUUUUUAAUGCUCGCCCAGACACCAUGUGCAAUAAUAUUGGUGUUAUUUCCAUCCUGUCUGUAUACUGUUGUCACAUAUAAAGUGCAUCCCUGUAAUACCUGAUCACACAGUGUUAGUGCUGGUCAAAGAGAGACCUCAUCUUGCUCUUUUGUGGACAUAUUCAUGAAAUGUGGAAAUAAGUACAUUUAUUUGUUGACUGUGAUUGGAUAGCACCUAAAAUUAAUUCGUAGACUCAAAACUUGGAGACUUCUCAGCAGCUACUGGAAAGAUUUUUCUCUCAAACUCUUCCAAUUGUUUCAAGUAAUAAUAAAAAGCAAACAAACAAAAGUUAGGCGUUGUCUGUCUGAACCUUAAGAGACUUUGCCUGGAGGGAGAAGAACUUGCUUAACCAACGAGAUGCUUUGCCUUCUGGAGCUAGAAAGGCAAAGGAGAAUUUUAUUCUUCACAAAGUGCAAUAGAUUUACUGCUAUGAAAUUCUGUUGCUUUACAGUCGCAGUGUACUUUUCUGGGGACAGUGUGCUCAGCUGAACUUCCUGUUAAAGAGAGAUCAUGUUAAAUAUAGUGAAUAUGUCUUUACCAAAAAUAUGUUGCGUUGAAAGAGGCUAACAUUAAACUGUUCAGAGAUGGGACAUAAUGUAUUCUUUCUCCUUUUACCAAGCCAGCCACUCUUCACUCUUAACUAGGUGUCCUAUAAAUUGUUACCUGGUAAGAUAAGACCUUUGACCUGAAGAAUUAUUAAACUACUCGAUUGAAUUUAA